AUGUUGUCAAGAGCCUUCACGAAGCCAAGAAGGAGCCCUAAAUAUGGAGAAAACAGCUGCAGAUCAUUGUCGAUCCACGAGUAUGAAGACUGCAUCAUUGGGUUCAUGGACGAUCUACCAGUGAUCUCUUGCUCUGGUGAUAAUCGUUAUGAAGAUGGUCGGCACAACGGAUCCCAAAUGACCCUGAGAGAGGUGUUGAGGGCCUCAGUUGGGGUGAUCGGAGAGAGCCGUUUGGGAGUGGCGGAGAAAGUGGUGUUGUUGGGGGGUGAAGUUUGUGCAGUGAAGAGGUUUAGAAAGGUGAUUGUUAGGAAACGUGAGUUUGGGAGGAGGAUAGAACACCUGGCUGACGUUAGCAGGAAGUGUGAGUAUCUUGUGCCUGUCACUGCUUAUCUCUAUGAAAAGAGAAUCAAGUUUGUUGUUUGUGAUUACUAUCCUAUGGGAAGCCUUGCCGACUUGCUUGGUGGUGCAAGGGAACUUGGUCACACUGCUCUAGAUUGGAAGCAACGCCUUAAGAUUGUUCGUGACAUUGCACAAGCCAUUGCUUUUAUCCACUCACAAUGUCCGCAGAACAAGCAACCACCGAUGAAUGUUCAUGGUAACAUCAAAGCAUCCAACGUCAUGAUCAACAUCGACUUCACCGCCCAUGUCUCAAAUUAUGGCUUUGCCCAACUGGCUGAGCCGGUGGAAGUUUCUGAUACUUGGCAGCGGAAGCCACCACCGUCAUCACCAGAAUUGUACUGUGAAUCGUUGAGCCAGAAAAGCGAUGUAUACAAUUUUGGUAUCGUAUUGUUGGACAUGCUAGGAGGACUCAAGGCUCCGGGGCUGAAACACUGGAUAGUGGAAAAUAAAGAAGAAAUUAAUAAGGGGCAUUUUGAGUUUUUCGAAUUUUCUGUGGACGAGAAAGAGAGAAAUCAAGCACUGCAGGUUCUGGACAUUGCAUUGGCAUGUACAAAUAGCCCGGAAGCAAGACCAUCAAUGGAACAGAUACUCUUAGGUGCAAGGGAACUUGGUCACACUGCUCUAGAUUGGAAGCAACGCCUUAAGAUUGUUCAUGACAUUGCACAAGCCAUUGCUUUUAUCCACUCGCAAUGUCCGCAGAACAAGCAACCACCGAUGAAUGUUCAUGGUAACAUCAAAGCAUCCAACGUCAUGAUCAACAUCGACUUCACCGCCCAUGUCUCAAAUUAUGGCUUUGCCCAACUGGCUGAGCCGGUGGAAGUUUCUGAUACUUGGCAGCGGAAGCCACCACCGUCAUCACCAGAAUUGUACUGUGAAUCGUUGAGCCAGAAAAGCGAUGUAUACAAUUUUGGUAUCGUAUUGUUGGACAUGCUAGGAGGACUCAAGGCUCCGGGGCUGAAACACUGGAUAGUGGAAAAUAAAGAAGAAAUUAAUAAGGGGCAUUUUGAGUUUUUCGAAUUUUCUGUGGACGAGAAAGAGAGAAAUCAAGCACUGCAGGUUCUGGACAUUGCAUUGGCAUGUACAAAUAGCCCGGAAGCAAGACCAUCAAUGGAACAGAUACUCUUAGGUUUAGGAGAUUUUAUUUCCAAGGAGCUGAGAAUCUUACAUACAUAG